CCGAAACCUCUACUUACGUGUGGUCUCUGCUGUGUCAGGAGCUUGACUCACAGAAUCCUUCGCUAACUCGCCACUUCACACUCCCCCAAUUCCGUUUACUUCUCUCUCUCCUCUUUUAUCAUUCUCUGGGUUUGCGAGAAUUUUGUCAUUUCGCCUUCUCAAGAUACCAAAAUUUUACACUCAUGUUUAAGAAUCAGCUUGGUUUUUGACUGAUUUUCUUAAUUUGUCUGGAGCUUCAAUCUCAACCUCAAGCCCAUGCGGGAAGCUCCGUUUUGCGAUUCCGUAGGUUAGUUUCUAGCGUAAAUUACAAGCCAGCUGGGAAAGCCUUCAGCGAGGAGUCUUGGUUGCAGCUCCCGGGGUUGUGAUUGUGACGAGAAUUUAGGGUUUUGGUUUCAUCUUCAUGCGGAAUGAAUCUGUUCUGCAGGCAUUCAGCGGACGGAGUGUGCACGAAUUGCACUCCCUCGCUGAUUUGCAGUAAGGGUACAAUUCUUUGCUGUAUGAAUUGUGAUGUAAACAAACAUAGAGCAGUGAAUCAUUCCUUACCAGGGGAAGAAAGUGGACAAGGUGGAAUAGGAAUUUUCUUCAAUUUCUAGAAACUAGAAGGAUUUCAACGCUUUUCACUAUCUUCCAGCCUGGAGUGAUACUACGUCGAUCAUCAUUACCAUGUCAUGUUAGGAUGUAACUCAAAUUUCGACUCCACUCAAUGCUUCAGAUUAACCGUUCUGGAGGAAUGGUCCUUACCUUUACCUCAGCUUUUCGGGAUAGAAUCAUCUAAAGUGGGCGCUGAACUGUAUGAUUUCUUUCGAAUCCUGUGCAUGUCGCGGUUCCUGCAACAUCUAGAUCACCAUCUUUUUGAUUGUUUCGAGCGGCAAGCGGAAUUGUAACAAAGAGUCACAUGCCGGUCACUAUAGCUCAAAACCAAAGUCUCAGAAUCAAUCUCCUGAUAUCCUUUUAAUCGUGCAUGGAAUAGAAUGGCUAGUAGAUUUUUCCUUGGACCCCAUUGACGUCAAGGUAUUUGAUACGGGAUUGCGACUUGUGUGAGAUGGUGUUAGUGAUUGAAAUAAGUGUUUUAAAUCACUCUCCUCUUGGAGACCACUUAACAGUGAAAAGUUUGUGCUGUAGCUGGUUCCUUUUGAAUUAUUGCUACGGCCAAUCUGGUGUCAUCAGAGUACAUCAAUAAAUCCGUGAAACGAAUUUGGGGCAUAAUGUAGACGCGCUGUGGGGUGGUCCCCGAAUAAGAUUCCCCUGCAUCCUUGGUGCAAUUCAAGGUGUUUUAAAUGUGCAAUUGUCUUCGAUAGGCUGAAGUUCAUUUUAUACCUGGUUCACCUCUUCAAGUCUGUCAUGAUGGCUGCAAGGACGGCCAACUUGAACAUGUAGUACGCCAGUCUAUUGGCACUUCUCAGAUGAGCAACUUUACUCCCUCCAGCAUGGAUAGAACACUACGGCUGCCUAUUCCACGACAUCCUCCGCCUCUUGUGAAUCUCACCGCCACGAGAGCUGAAGAUGUGGAAUCACGCAAUUAUGAGAAGUGGGACGUGCAUUCGAUUGAUGUGCUUCUCGAGUGGAUCGGAUCCCCGGCACACUACUCACAGCUGAAAAAUGCGGGACGAAAUAAUAAGGUGAAUGGUGGAGACAAAAAUGCUUUGCCUAAGAUGCGACUGAUAAAGUGCAUCGUGGAGUAUCUUCAAAGCCGCGGCAUUUCUAAAACCAAUAUACAGGUGAAGAACAAGAUAAAACACCUCGAAGACACCUAUAAAAAAGCUAAUGAUAUCAUUGUCAAACUAGGUAUGAAUAAUUCCGCAGUUAUGAAGGAUCCAAAGGUUAAGGCACAGGUGCUGUCCGCCUGUCCUUUCUGGGAGCGCCUUCAAGCUGGAAUGUCUGAGGAACCAGCAGUAGUAGUGCCGCAGACAUCCGAAGCGCAGUUGGACUUGUUACGUCCGCAGGUUCCUAGCGAGCCAGUGGAUUCGAAGCCUGUAGUAUUGGACGACUCAACCACCCACGUGGAAAAGGGUGGAGAUGAUGAGGAAGUUGAUUUUAGGUCGGGGAGUCCCGUGGAAAAGGGUGGGAAUACUGAGGAAGCUGAUUCUAGAUCGGGGAACCAUACUGAUUCUGGUGAAAAAGUGGAAAGGUCGGAAGAUUGUGUCCGUUCGUCUGGGCCAUCUCCUUCAACUCCAGUCCCAAGUACACCUGGAUCCACAGUUACGAAUCGCGGAUCAAUCAUGGACAACAUUCACGGCAAAAGUGAACCAACAGGGGGUGAACCGGCUCGAGAAUCCCCAGCCUCGAUUACACCCGGAUUGCAUUCGAACAAGAUGUCGAAACAGAGUGGAUCUGCAGGAGCGGCGUCCAGAAGAGCUGGAGCUGGUGGAGGAGCAAUUGGUCACAUCGAGGAGCAGCAAAGAUGUAAUCCUUGGAGCCAAUCUGGUGAAAACCAAACUGUUUCAAAGAGUUUGGAAUUCCAUCGCAGAGUAGGUGAAAAGAAGCUUCAUUUACAAGCUGAUUGGCAAAACAAGCAGUUUGAGAUACAAACCAAGCACUUGGAAAUACAAAGUAAGCAACUGGACGUUGAAAUUAAGAAGCUUGAUCUCCAACGGGAGGAGAUGCUUCUGCGGAGGAAGGAAGCCGAGAGUCGACAGCUGCAAUUGCAGUUGCAAAUUGAGCAAAUAAAAGCUUCGAAUAGGAAGAGGAGACGAGAAUCAGAUGUACACGUACAAGAGGAUUCUGGUUAGCCUUCGCUUGUUCUUCACUUAGUGAAGCCAAUGAUAUAGCUUGACAAUGAUGUAUGUUUCUAUUUGUGCAUGUUCCGCCAGAGGCUUCGUCUACUUUAUUAAAGUAUUCUUGUAAAAGGUACGGGUGCUGCUACCACUCCUGAGGGGUAGGAAUUACUUCUUCAUAGCCUCAUAUUUUAACUGGAGGUUAUGGUAUAAGGAUGACAUGACUUCACCUGUUGUGAAGUAUUAGAGUUUCUGAGCACCUAGCAAUGUAAAUUAUCAUCUUACUGUUCACUUAUUAUUGAGGAGUUGAUUGUGAUGCUGAUCCUUCUUUCAUGGCUUCUGUUGAAGUCUUCAGCUGCUUUC